UAAACCUACCUCUCUACUCCGUCCUUUAUAAUUUUCUUAACAUCUUCAUCGUCACUAAACUCACUACAUUAUCCAAAACCGAUCGACAAUCACUAAAACUAGGAAAACUAAUGGCAUCCGUGGCUCCCUUUAAGUCUCAAUUUCUAAGUAAUCCAUUGAACCAACCUCAAAUUGCAGUAGUCAAAAACUUCUAUCCUAGUUUUUCCUUAGUGCGAGCACCUGGACUUCACCAUAAGAGGUUUUCGGUGAAGGCGGCAGCGGGGGAGUUAUCAUCUGAUAGCACAACCUAUUUGAUUGCUGGGGCAGCCGCUGUGGCUCUCGUUGGUACUGCGUUUCCCAUCCUCUUUUCUCGCAAGGAUACGUGCCCGGAAUGCGAUGGCGCUGGCUUUGUAAGGAAAGCAGGAAAAACAUUGAGGGCAAAUGCGGCUCGGAAGGAUCAAAAUCAGAUCGUCUGCGCUAACUGCAAUGGCCUUGGCAAGCUCAACCAAGUUGAUAAAUAAUUAAUUAAUACUCCUACAGGCCUUUAGUAAUAUCAUACUUUAUAUGCUUUACAUUUUUGUUUUUCAAUAUACUUGCAGUAAUUCCAUUUCCAUCUUUAGAAUCACGUACAACACAGGGAUUCUUUAUAGUCGUAGUCUUAUUUUAAUCAAUCUCGAUUGAUUAAAUACGUCUACUAUUUUGUAACACUGAUCGAGUUAAGUUAGACGCUUAUGGAAUGUCAAUGAGUUUGAUUUA